AUGAAGGCGUUUCGCAAAGCUCGAUACCAGGUCGUUCCCUCCGACGAGGUUUCAGCUAACCCCGAUUGUACGAAGGAGGAUGCUGUCUAUCCUCGGCGAAGCUGGUUCCCGCUGGGUCAUCGACCAUCGCGCUUCACGCUCGCACUUGGGAUUGUCCUUUUGAUCAUUCUUCCGACAGCUUCGUUUGCGUUUGGAUGCUGGUUUGCCAAGCGGCACGCACAGUCGGUAGAAAUUCAAGAGUGUUUGGCACUGAUAGAUUCACAUUCCCCCGCGAACGAGGCAGUUAGCUACUAUGAAACCGACUUUGCAAAUGCAUUCAACCAGAAAAGUCAAUAUCGAGGUCCGCCCACACUAGAGCUUGAGGAGGCAUGGAACGAGCUAUGGGAUCAGCCCGAAGUAGCAAUUCCAGCAGAAAGUAUAAUCGACAUGAAGAAGACCGAAGAUUCUCUAUCCCCGUAUAUCACUGUUCCUGGGGACGAAGGCACCGGGUAUAUCGGGGGCCUGGAGGUACUACUACUUACCACUACUACUUGGCUGAUCUUGACACGACAGAACUAUAUUCGACAAUUCACAUGGUUUGUAAUGGACAAAUACACAAAUGAGACUCUUCCCGCUGAGUUCAAUAUUCCUCUCAAGGCACUGAGAAUGCACACGGACCAUUGUAUUGAAACCCUGCGACUAGUCCUGAUGUGCCAGUCGGAUGUCACCCCAGUAAUGGUCAAAUGGAGCGCUGACACGCCUCCAAUUCCAGAGGCAGACUUCAAUUCACAUCACAAGUGUCGUAACUUCGAUGCUAUUGUGGCUUGGAACAAAGCGCAUGCAGUCAGGUCGUGGGGAGGUCCGCCCGGUCAUCAUGAUCAUCACCCUGAGCAUUAG